AUGUCGGGUAUUGAAUCUGGAGAAGCUUCACAAGCUAAAAAUUCAUUUGAAGUUGAUGACAUGUUAGAAGAAGAUCCCCAGACCAAAGGUUCUCAAUCCACUUCAAAAAGCCACAAGCGUCGUCAUGGAAAAGAAAAAAAAUGCGCAAAAAGAUUUAAAUAUCUUUCCGGAUGGUCAACAACCAACAUGAAUUUACGUCUUGCAGAUGAACAUGAUAUAGUGGAAUUUCAAAAAAACCUGAGUAAUACAAAAGGUUCCCAGCAAACUAUCACCAGUAUGCUACAGCGUGUCGUCCCUCACAAAGGAGUUAAAAAGCUUAUUAUUUAUUGUGGUGUUGCAGAAUGGCUUGUGAUUGACAAUCGAGCAUUUGAAGUUAUUGCCAGGAAAGGGUUUUAUAGAUUUAUGUUGCAAGUAGACCCUGCCUUUCGUUGGCCUUCUUAUAAGACAUUAAAAAAAGAAAUAGCCAUUGCAAAUGUAACUGCAAAGAACCAAAUCAAUGAUCUUUUAGCACAAAUGUAUAUUCAUCCAGUAAUGGAGGCAAUGAAAGCUCAUUAUGCUAAAAAUAUAGAUCCUGAUGAAUAUGACUAUAAUAAUGAAGUUCUCCAAGAAACAUCUAAUUUUGAUUCAGAGUCUGAGUCGUCAGAUGAUGAAAAUGAAAGCGACAUAUCCUUUGAAAUUCAAGAAAAUCAGACUGAAAAUGACACUGAAUUAAUUAAGCUUAUAUUUGGUAGUGCUCAAAGAUCAGAUGAAUUUACAGAUAAAUUGGAUUCUUAUCUUGACUUAAGGCAAACACCAUUAGUUUUUUCUGAAAAAGAUCCCCUCUUAUGGUGGUGA